UAGAUCUGUGUUUAUAUACCUAUAUGCUGGCAACAUAUAUACAGUAUUAUCUAUGCUGGCAACAGUAAUUAAAGAUGUCACCACGUCUCAAAAUAUCAAAAUAUGUUAUUGAGAGGUUGUCGAAUAUAGACACAAAUGAAACGACAGGAUGCUUAUACGGACUUAUGUACGACGGCACUUUGCUCGUGAUCGGCAUAAGUUUAGAAUUAUUUGAAACUGAAAAGAAAGCGUAUAAUCAAUUACUUUUAUCUCUACCGGCCGAAAUAGAGUUAUGUGGCGUUGUUAAAUUUAGUGAAACAUCAAGUGUUGAGUAUAAACCUAAGGAGAUACUGCAGGAUGUAGAUAUUACAGAUAACCCAUUAUUUAUCAUAAUUGGUAAGGAUAAAGUAAUGAAAGCACAUUUCUUAGUGCAUGAAAAGUUUGAAGAGACACAAUAUGAAGUGUUUGAAUCAGAAGACCUUUGGAAACAGUUCCUUCAUGUGAGGUUAAACACAAUAUUACCUCUUACAUGUGAAGCGACUAUACCAGGUGUUAAGAAUACAUUACAAAAUAAAAGGAAGAAGAUUGCUUCAGGUCAGGUAUCGUUUCAAAUCAAUGGAAGCUCAGUGUAUUUGUUUGGAGUGGCCUCAGAUGUUGGAGUAACAGGCACUAGCACUGAAGCGAAUAUAGGAGAUCUUGUUGAUUCUAUGAGCCCAGAACAUUCAUCGAAAAAGAAAAAAUACAACAUUCAUAAUGUGGAGGUACUUCCUGUGAGCUUAGUUAUGAAAGCAACAAAAGAUAUAUUAUCUGAUAAACUUGUCAAGACUGCUGUAAAAAUGAUGACUACACAAAGAAAACCUGCCUUCUGUAUAAGUAUGCCGCUAAGAAUUGACACACUGGCUAUGAUUCAUCGGAACACGAAACUCUCUGAGCUUUAUAAUGUAUUGGUUGAAGCCGCGUGUCGCUCUCUUAGGUUAUUGGAAAGUGUACUUAUUGAACAACUGGGGCAAGAAGGUAUUGGUGAUGGUGCUGGUCUGCGGCUGCCUGAGACAUAUCACUACCUUCCUCCAGAAAUCGGACAUUUCAUUACCAGAGUAAUGCCAAAAGGGAUACCUGAUGAAACUAUGGAAAAAGAAAGAAGCCUCCUGCACGAACAGUUAGCAUUGCCACAAAACAGACCGAUAUUCAGACGAGGAAAUGCGUAUAUCUUCCACAGUUCGAAGCUAAUAAAUCCGCAUGAAGCUAUCGUGCAACAAAUCAAGCCUAAUGUGAAAGUGGCUUUAGUUCGUGGCAGAUAUAUCUAUUACCAUUACAUGCAGGAUAACUUUAAUGAUGAUGGGUGGGGCUGUGCCUAUCGCUCCAUGCAAACUAUAUUCUCUUGGUUCAAGUAUCAAGGAUACAGCUCAAUAGAUGCACCAAGUCAUAGGGAAAUCCAACAGUGCCUUGUUAAAAUAGGCGAUAAACCGUCUUCGUUUUUAGGUUCUAAGCAAUGGAUCGGUUCCACAGAAGUUAUGUUUUGCCUAGACACAUUGAUUGGUGUUCAAUCUAGAAUAUUAUUUGCAAACACAGGUGCAGAGUUGCAAAGUUACACACCGGAACUUAUUCAUCAUUUUGUACAACACGGAAGCCCUAUAAUGAUUGGUGGUGGUGUUCUAGCUCACACCAUUAUAGGAGUCGAAUAUAAUGAAGACAAAAACGAAACCCGUUAUCUGAUACUCGAUCCACAUCAUACAGGAGCUGAUGACAUCCAAACGGUUAUCGCAAAGGGUUGGUGUGGUUGGAAGGGCGCAGACUUUUGGAAUAAAACUGCGCAUUAUAACCUCUGUCUGCCGCAAACUAAACAAACUGUUUGAAACAGAUCGCUGAUAGUCUUUACGACGUAUGAUAUAAAGGAAAGGAGAGGGACUUAGAAGAUUGUGGGUAAAACAAAAGAUAAAAGGAACUGUAGAGAAAAAAUAUCUAUGAAAUAGAGCGAGAACCUGUGUAGGAAAAUCUGGCUUUCAAUUAUGAAGACUUCCAAUUUGAAUAAUUUAAAUGUAUUUUGCUCAUUACUAUAAAAUUAUAUGAAAAAGCAUUGUGAAUUGCAUUUAUGUUAAACAAGUAUUUUAAAUUCAAUCAUGUUUGCCAAUUCUUACAUUAUCGCGUUUAACUUAAAAAUUUAUAAAAAUGCCGAACAUUUAAUAGCGAGUAUAAAGAUCAUUAAAUAUUGUACCUUGAUUACAAGCUAGAUUUCUGUCAUAACAAAUAAUCAAGUAGAUGGCGAAGUUUGGUUAACCGUUGAAGUAUGGAAGUAAAAGAUAUAGUGAACAAUAGCAAUAAUAUAUUACAAAUUAAAUUCUUUGCAAGUUGCAGCCGUAGAAUAAUUUAAAAAAUCAUUUACUUGUUAGUGUUAAAUUACAAUAAGAACACCAAAUUUCUGAGCGAUAAUUUCUAAUGCAAUAAUUGUGAUAUAAAAAUAGUGUAAGCUGAAAGUAUUUAAGCUCAAUAGUUGUUGUACCUAGUUGGUAUUUACGCACUUAAAAAUUGUAAGUACGACCAAUUAGGUUGUCUUAAAUGAUAUUGAUUGUAAUUUAGGUCUUUUGCUACACUAUUAUAUAAAUUGUAAUCAGUGGUCAUUAAUUGUUUAUCCAUAAGUAUUCUGGCCAGAUAGUAAACAGCUAGCUUUACGUUCAAAUCACAAAUGAUUAUGUGCGUGUAUUAAGACUGUGCGGGUUGUGUACGACCACAAAACAAUUAUUAUAAAAUUAUUUUUAUUUAAGCAGGUGCUAUUAUGAGCAUUAUAAGGAAAUCCAGUCUUCUCAAAUUUAAAUAAACAAUGAAGAAAGAAGAACAAUUAUUGUAUUCUUCCGACUUCGUUGUAAUAUUGUAACAUAAUUUAAGUCGAUUGUUUAUAAUAAUAAAAUAAUAAUUCGUAAAUUUGUCUGGUUAUAUCAGUGCUUUAUAGAUUUUAUACACCAAUAAAAUUCAAUCCAUACAUUUAUGUUUAGGUUUUAUGUAUUUGUAAUGGUU